AUAGUAUUUGGGAAAGGUGGUAUUUUUGGUGUACCUUUGGGGUUGGCACUGAGAGACAUAAAGUGUCUUUCUAUCUUUUCUACUGAGUUCCGCCAUUUUCAUGCUUCCAUCUUCACACACUACACACAAAUGGAGAGUUCUCUACUCUUCUUCUUUCUCUCCUUCACAACUUCACUCUUUCUCCUUCCCCCUUUUUCAUCUUCUCAGAUCAUGCAAGGUUUUGUAAGUUUGGACUGUGGAGGGACAGAAAGUUUCACCGAUGAAAUAGGUCUUGAUUGGACUCCUGAUAAUAAGCUUACAUAUGGAGAAAUAGCCACUAUAUCUGUUGCGAACGAGACGCGGAAGCAAUACACGACGUUACGAUACUUUCCUGCUGAUUCUAGGAAAUAUUGCUACACUCUUGAUGUUAUUAGUAGGACGAGGUAUUUGUUAAGGGCGACUUUCUUGUAUGGAAAUUUUGAUAAAAACAAUGUUUAUCCUAAGUUUGAUAUUUCUGUUGGAGCUACUCAUUGGUCGACGAUUGUUAUAUCGGAUGCUGAUAGUGUAGAAAUGAGAGAGCUUAUAUUUUUGGCUUCGAGUUCGACUGUGAGUGUGUGUUUAUCGAAUGCAACAACGGGGCAGCCGUUUCUAUCUACGCUUGAGCUUCGACAAUUCAAUGGUUCGGUUUAUUUUACUGAGUUUGAGAAACAAUUUUACCUGAGUGUCUCUGCAAGGAUCAAUUUUGGUGCAGAGAGUGAUGCUCCAAUCAGGUACCCUGAUGAUCCUUUUGAUAGAAUUUGGAUGUCGGAUUCUGUUAAGAAAGCAAAUUAUCUCGUUGAUGUUGCUGCUGGCACCGAGAAAAUUUCUACCAAUGAACCAAUUUUUGUUAACCGAGAUGAUAUACCACCGAUGAAAGUGAUGCAGACAGCGGUAGUAGGUACAAAUGGAUCUCUAACUUACCGGUUGAAUUUGGAUGGUUUUCCUGGCACUGCUUGGGCAGUCACCUAUUUUGCAGAGAUUGAAGAUUUGCGUCCAACUGAGUCUAGAAAAUUCAGGCUUAUGCUUCCAGGCCAGCCCGAAAUUAGCAAGAUCAUUGUAAAUAUUGAAGAAAAUGCUUUUGGGAAAUAUCGCCUUUAUGAACCGGGAUUUGUCAAUCUAACCCUACCUUUUGUGCUUUCCUUUAAAUUCGGCAAGACAACUGAUUCGUCCAAGGGGCCUCUCCUUAAUGCCAUGGAGAUAAAUAAGUAUCUUGAGAAAAAUAAUGGUUCACCGGAUGUUGAAGCUAUUUCGGGAGUGCUUUCUCGCUACUCUUCAGCAAACUGGACUCAAGAAGGAGGUGAUCCAUGUCUUCCUGUUUCCUGGUCAUGGAUCCACUGUAGCUCAGAUCCACAACCAAGAAUAAUUUCAAUCUUGUUAUCCAGUAAAAACUUGACUGGGAAUAUUCCUUCAGAUAUUACCAAAUUGGUUGGUCUGGUUGAACUAUGGCUUGAUGGAAAUAUGUUGACCGGCCCAAUACCCGAUUUUACUGGGUGCACGGACUUAAAGAUCAUCCAUCUUGAAAAUAAUCAGUUCACCGGUGAGCUCCCAGCCUCCUUGGUGAAUCUUCCGAGUUUGAGGGAACUAUAUGUUCAAAAUAAUAUGCUAUCUGGAGCAGUACCGCCAGAGCUUCUAAGCAAGAAUUUGGUUUUAAAUUACUCCGGAAACAUUAACCUACAUAAAGGAAGCAAAACAAAGAGCCACAUAUAUAUUAUUAUUGGUUCAGCAGUUGGGGCUUCUGUUCUACUUUUGGCUACUGUUAUAUCUUGCUUGGUUAUGCAUAAAGGCAAGAAAAAAUAUUAUGAGAAAGGUAGGGUUCUAAGCACAAUUGUUUCUUUCGCUGUCAGAUAUUUGUGGCGACCAAACAUGAUUUACUUGUUUACAUUCUUUUUAGACCACAUAGUUUCUGUCCCUACUCAAAGGCCGGCUUCUUGGAAGAGUGAUGAUCCUGCAGAAUCGGCUCACUGCUUCAGCUUAGCUGAAAUUGAAAGUGCUACAAACAACUUUGAGAAAAGAAUCGGUUCUGGUGGUUUUGGAAUUGUAUACUAUGGAAAACUGAAAGAAGGAAAAGAGAUAGCAGUUAAAGUUCUUAGGAACAAUUCCUAUCAAGGCAAGCGCGAGUUCUCCAAUGAGGUGACUCUUCUAUCAAGAAUACAUCACAGAAACUUGGUACAACUUCUUGGGUAUUGUCGAGAAGAAGAUAAUAGUAUUCUCGUGUACGAGUUCAUGCAUAAUGGCACACUCAAGGAACAUCUCUAUGGCCCUUUAGUGCACGGACAAAGUAUAAGUUGGAUUAAACGCCUUGAGAUUGCAGAAGACUCUGCCAAAGGAAUUGAAUACCUUCAUACAGGUUGUGUUCCUGUAGUUAUUCAUAGAGACUUGAAAAGUAGCAAUAUUCUUCUUGACACACACAUGAGAGCCAAGGUUUCAGAUUUCGGUCUUUCCAAACUCGCUGUUGAUGGAGUCUCCCAUGUUUCAAGCAUAGUUCGCGGAACAGUAGGAUACCUGGAUCCUGAGUACUAUAUUUCCCAACAACUAACUGACAAGAGCGAUGUGUAUAGCUUUGGUGUAAUUCUUCUAGAACUCAUAUCUGGUCAAGAAGCAAUAUCAAAUGAAAGUUUCGGGAUUCAUUGCCGAAACAUAGUCCAAUGGGCAAAAUUGCACAUUGAGAGUGGGGAUAUACAAGGCAUCAUUGAUCCCUUACUAGGAAACAACUAUGACCUACAAUCAAUGUGGAAAAUAGCAGAGAAAGCAUUGAUGUGUGUUCAACCUCAUGGAGAUAUGCGUCCAUCGAUCUCGGAAGUUUUAAAGGAGAUCCAAGAUGCAAUAUCUAUUGAGAGAGAAGCUGAAACAUCGCGAGAAUGCAAUUCUGAUGAGGUUUCAAAAAAUUCUUUUCAUUCUUCCAUGAACAUAGGUUCAAUGGAUCUCGGUAGAGUUGAGAGUUUCCUUUCAAUCGAUGAAUCGAUUGCGCAACCUACUGCAAGAUAGAUUUAUUUUCUCUAGUGAAAAAGCACAAUGUUUUUCUAUUUAUUUUUUCCUCGAAUUUUAUUUAUCAGUUCUCCCGUUUUUUGAGUGUUCAUAUUGUGUAUGUUCUUGUUCGAGUUAGUGUUUGAUGCUUGUAGGAGCUCAGUUUUCUGCUUUUAAAUGAUUUUGUUUGCCGUUAACAAUGUUUCUAAUUUGCUUUAUAAAUAUAAACAAUUUGUUUUGAGA